AUGCCCGAGUCAGUCCCAGUUCCUGGUGAAACAAUCUUGUUAAUGGAACAUUUGGAAGGUACACCUGUACAUAGUAGCCACAUCAAAGAGUGGACCAAGAGGGAUCCAGUCCUCUCGCAGGUGCUACGCUUCAUCUUAGAAGGAUGGCCAACCAAAAACAACUCUGAAGAGCUAAAUCCUUACUUCACCAAGCAAAGUGAAUUAAGCGUAGAAGAUGGCUGUGUACUUUGGGGUGCCAGAGUGGUUGUACCCCGACAAGGAAGAUCGAAAAUACUCACUGAGCUGCAUGAGGCCCACCCGAGCGAAUCACAAAUGAAAGCGUUGGCACAAAGCUAUGUAUGGUGGCCAGGCAUGGAUCAGGAGAUUGUGAAGAAAGUGAUGGGCUGGGACGAAUGUCAGUCAAACCAGAGUGCACCCACAGAAGCACCAUUACACCCCUGGGAGUGGGCAGGACUCCCCUGGUCAAGAAUUCACAUUGACUAUGCAGGGCCUUACAAAAAAGAAAUGUUCCUUGUAGUCAUGGAUGCAUACUCGAAGUGUUUGGAAAUGCAUCGCAUGAAGUCUAUCACAUCAACUGCCACAAAUGAAAAGCUGACAGAGAUGUUUGUUACACAUGGCCUACUAACAACACUCGUUAGCGACAAUGGUAGCAAUUUUACCAGCUCAGAAUUCCAGGAGUUCAUGAAGAAUGGAAUCAAACACAUCAAAGUGGCACCUUAUCAUCCUGCCUAA